GGCUGAUUUGCACAAUUCCACAGUGGAGAGAAACUAAGCUCAACGAGGGGGAACAGCGUGGGAGAAGAAGAAGAAGAAGAAGAAAAGAAGAAGAAGAAGAAGGAUGAAAGAAGAGGACAUAAGCUCCCAAAAUACAAACAUUAACAACACCAACAAUAAUUCUAGCGAUCAAUUGCUGCGCGUUAGAUCAUAUUCUCCACCUCAUACUCCUGCUGCGAGUUCUGCAGGGGCAUCUUCUCCUGCUGUUCCGGUUAAUGUGGGCAGUGUGGAAUGGUCAGGUCAUGGACAUGGGUUAUCCCGACCUUCAUGUAGGCCCUGGGACAGAGGAGAUUUACUCAGGCGUCUUGCUACAUUCAAGCCUGUAAAUUGGUUUGGGAAGCCUAAGGCUGCUAGUUCAUUGGCCUGUGCUCAGAGGGGUUGGGUCAAUGUUGAUGUAGAUAAAAUCGAGUGCGAAUGCUGUGGGGCAAGCUUACAAUUUGGUUCACCAGCUUCUAUGAUUCUCUCGGAAGCUGAUAGCAAUGGUGAAGAAUUUGCCAAACAGCUUGAUGGAGGGCAUCAAACUUCUUGUUCUUGGAAAGGAAAUAGCUGUCCAGAAUGCUUGGUGCAAUUCCCUCCUACUCCUCCAUCAGCCUUAAUAGGGGGAUACAAGGAUCGAUGUGACGGACUUCUGCAAUUUUACUCUCUACCAGUUAUAUCUGCAUCUGCAAUUGAACAGAUGCGAAUUUCUAGGGGUCCCAUAAUUGACCGCCUUUUGGCUCAAACCCAAGUUUACACACCUGGAGAAUUGGGUUAUAAAAUGGAGAAUAUUUCUGGAAUUGAAGCUUCUAGAGAAGAGGUGUUCAACAUUUACUCUCGUGCCCAAAAGCUGAUAAGCCUAUGUGGGUGGGAACCUAGGUGGCUUCCAAAUGUUCAAGACUGUGAAGAGCAUUCUGCUCAAUCAGCUAGGAAUGGCUGUUCUUCUGGUCCAUCUAGAAACCGUGGUCAUCUACAGGAUGCUGGUNNNGCAGGUGUAGCUUUAAACCUGACAAUGGCUGUUGGAUCGUCUUCUGAACGAUUAAAUAGAAUGCCAGAACAGUUCCAAGUUACUGACAUGGGAAGAGACUUGGUGAUGGGACAGCCUGCUGGCAGUGAAGUUGGUGAUCGUGCAGCUUCAUAUGAGUCUCGCGGCCCUAGUACUCGUAAAAGAAGCUUUGAUGAAGGCGGGAGCACAGUUGACCGGCCACAUUUAAGGAUGCAACAGGCUGAUAGUGUUGAAGGAACUGUCGUGGAUCGUGAUGGCGAUGAAGUCAAUGAUAGUAAAGAGUAUUCUGCUGGCCCUUCAAAACGGGCUGCCCGUGAUUAUGAUGUUCCUGGAAUAUAUGGCCACUCAUAUAGGAGAGAUUCUUCUGGUGCUGGACCAAGCCAUUCACUGGAUAUGGGGAUGGACAGAGAUGCAAAUAGGUAUGAUCCAUUUAACCAAGGAAAUGCACAUGUUAUGGCUGCACCAUCAACUAGAGAUUCUACGCAUGUAUCUUCUAUCAUUGCAAUGGAUACAGUCUGCCAUAGCGAAAAUGAUGAUUCAAUGGAGAGUGUGGAAAAUUAUCCCGGAGAUGUUGAUGAUGUCAACUUCACCUCUAUGGCAACAUUUCAAAGUCCAGAUCUAAAUGAUCCAUCAGAGCUAAAUUGCAGUAAUCAAGCACAGCAGAGUACAUGCUUCCAACCAGUUGCUGUUGGAGCUGCUGGUGAAACAGGUGUUAGCAGCACAAAUGAUGAGGAAGUAUUGAAUGCAGAGACUGUUACAGCACAUGGAAGAGAUGGGCUCAGUUUCGGGAUCAGCGGAGGAAGCGUUGGAAUGGGUGCUAGUCAUGAAGCUGAAAUUCAUGGGACGGAUAUUUCUGUCCACAGAGGUGAUAGUGCAUCAGCAACUAUAGAUUGUGCGUUCCUUGAGUCAGGAUAUAUGGUUGCUAAUGGCAUAGGGCCCCCAAACGGAGAAAGCAUCAAUGACGAAGCCAUGGAAUUUGAUCCAAUUAAGCAUCAUAAUUGUUUUUGUCCUUGGGUAAAUGGAAAUGUAGCUGCUGCUGGUUGUAGUAAUAUUGGCUCCAGUUCUUCUGGUGCUGUGGCACUUUGUGGAUGGCAACUAACUUUAGAUGCCUUGGACACCUUCCAGUCAAUUGGGAAUGUUCAAAUUCAAACCAUGGAGUCUGAGUCAGCUGCAUCUCUGUGCAAGGAUGAUCAUCGAACACCCUGCCGGAAGCUGUUGGCUCGUCAUUCCUUUGUCAAAAACUGUGGGCAGAACUAGGAAAGAUAAAAGCAAAGAUUUUAUGUCAGUCUCCGAUGGCACAUUGAGAAGAUGCACAUUGCCCGUACAUCAGCCUACGCAAGCUUCAAAAAGAUCCACAUUGCCGGCUUGUCUUAGGGGGAGGAAAUCAUUGUUUGUUUAGAUUCAUGGAAUUUUAAAUAUUAUAUAAGAACAAUCUUGGUAAGAUAACUAAUUUAUAGUCUGUUCGUUUCUUAGGAUGGUAAUAAAUUAAUAAUGAUGGAUUUCGGCUUUGCCCAAUGUUGAAUUUAUAUCUCCAUUUCUGCAAUUUUGAUUUUCUUCUAUGAAUGGUGUUGUAAAUUCACCACUAUUUUUAACAGAUAUUGUCUAUUUAUGUUAAGACAAUGAAAACUAAAA